CCGGUUUAUACAGAUUUUUUUUCACUGAAGCCCGGGUAGUCUCAGUUUUUAUCUUGGCUUCUCUAUUUUUCUUUCUCGUUUCUGCCGAUUUGUACUGAAUAGCAGAAGCCUGCCUCGUGGGCGAGCCAUCAGCAUAGCCAUAGCCUCAAUUGCGUCCUCAGCGGACCCGCGAAUGCACUGACUCUUGUCCUCUUCAAGUACUCGUUCCUCAGAGGCACUCCAGGACAGCGCCAUCCUGAUACCCAUGGAUCAUCAACUCCUCUCGACUCUAUUGCGGAGACUCCUUGAUUUGUGUCGGCGUUUGGCACGUCGAUCACUGCAGUGCUUGUUCCGCGUCUACUCAGCUCUGUUAAAGCGUAAGACGUCUUUGGGCUCAACUAAGGGCGAUGGAGAAGUGGAAGAUGCACAAAGGAAGUUUGGGUGCACUUGCUGUAUGGGCUCUAAUCAUGAAGAACACUGCCAAACAUCUGGACAAUCGGUAACUCUUGCCUACUCCUCGACACCGAGAAAGCCACCUCCAGCGCGUUCAUACACACGACAUACAUCGAUCGAAUCGUAUGGUAUCGGACAGACCUGUGCAUCUCCCACAACUACUAGUACUCUCGAGGAAUCUCCAACUGCCGUGUCACAUUCCUCUUGCUCAGGAUCAAAUCAAAGAAACUUGCCUAGUGCUUCGCCUCAACCCGUGGAACGAUACAUUGCAGAGCUUGCACCAGCCAUCGCUCCACCUAAAAAGCCAAUCAAGCCUGUUUUACCAUCUCUUUCUUCAAGAUAUGAUCGAAAUAUAGCUAUUCGUAAUGACCAGGGACCUUGGGUAUUUGGCCCUUUGGAGACUGUCACGGUUUACGACGAAUUAGCUGUUCCCUCCUGGACGCACUACGUACAGCCAGAAGGCCAACUAUACUUCCACAACACCUCACGAAGAUUCAAUUACCUUACAGAAGCACAUCUCUGUGAUCCUCGGAUGCUGGCAGAAGCCGAGCUCUUCAUAUCCGUCUUCGAGCGCAAGGCUGAAAGCUUCAAGGGCCUACCUGUCAACCUCGAGGUAGUUUUCGAGAUCAAUGACGAACAUUGGCUUUACUACAUGGUGGAUCUGGAGCGGAAAUGCCUUCUGUGGUUAGAUGACUACGAAAUCCCCGAUGAGGUCCUCCCAGGAAAGUUUGGAGUGGAGCAUCGCGAGCAUUUCCGGCAUAUGUUCGAUUUUGAGUUCUGGCAGCAUGUUGAAUACUUCCCUACUCAUCGUCCACUACAAGAAGGUUUAUUAGAGGAGUUGAUGGGCUUGCUUGUUCAAAUGCAUAUCGAUGUUGUAACGUCACUCACCUCAACUUCGCCAUACAACGACGGAGAGCUUCGUUCGAUGAUAGGUUCUGUAAAGCAGUUACAAGCUUUGCAAACAACGAAAAGCGCAAGACCUUAUGUCGUACAGGGGUCAGCUAAAAUCAUGGGUCUGAUCGCGAACGAACGCUACUACAACUUCUUCGGCUUCCACGGCGCUCGUUUAUCCUGCGAUCAAAGUGUUCGCGGGAACGCCAUGAAAUCCCGCUCUCUCCUUAUCACCUUACUCUCACCCGCAUUAUUCUACGCUCCGGAGGUACACUUGCUAGGACUUGAGAAAGUAUGGAUGGACGGUCUCGUCAAAGUACGCCACUGGAAGUCCUUCCAGAGUAAAUUGGAGAGAGAUUGGGAGGGGUUCGUGCUUUAUGCCACCGUGCUCUUGAACGCAAACGUCGCAUUCCUCGGCAUCCCAAGCGUCAUGUCCGAUAACCUCGGUUCGAAACUACUCGUAUCGCCAGCAGCGAUUAUCAGCCAAGUAUCUAUCAUCGCGAGUCUUGGAAGCAUCAUCAUCGGCUUGUUGCUUGUACGACAAAUGCGAAUCGGAGCAAAAGAGUCUGUUGAAGAUUAUCUUGCUUUCCUCGAAAAUAGGACUCACGAACAGAAGGGUCUCGAAACGUUAGCUAUAUUGUUCAGCUUACCCUACGCUCUUCUUAUGUGGGGAAUGGCAACAUUCCUAGCAGCAGUCGCCAUCAUCUGCUUCUACAACUUCAACGGCAGCGCCUCUUUCCUCUCUCGCAUAAUCUACGGAGUCAUCUGGCUCUUCAUCUCCUUGUUCAUCCUCUGGACGAUCGUCACUGGUUGGGAGAAACGACAUAAUGUUAAUUGGCGGAGUCUUAUACCUUCUUGGUGUUAUUCCCGCUUCCGCUUCCACCAGUCUGAAGGAAAGGAUGGGGGUGCGGGGAAGGUGGGUGACGAGGAAUCGGGAACGGGAACGGGAGAGACAGAGUUGGAGUUGGAGGAUGUAAUUGAUGUACGUUCUGUGCGAUCGAAGCGCUCGGUGAGGUCGAGGUUUACGACGACGUCGACUAUUGCGUCGAGUAUCAACAAGACUUGGCGUUCACGAGUUCGUAGGCUUGCUGGACGGCAUUCACGUUCACUUCCGUUGAUGGACGUACGAGUGACACCUGCUUCACAACAGGCUGCAUCAUAUCUGGAGACUGAGGCAGUGGCACAUCCUUAAGUCAUGUAGACCAAAUCAGUGCUUAAUUACGGUUCUGGCGUCUUCCCUAUUCUGCUUAUGUAUCAAUAGCCUCUCAUCAUCUUUGUAUCUUCUUCGAAUAU